CACUUCUGGGGAACACACAGAUUGAGUGUUCCCGAUAAUCUCGUUCCCUGUGCCGCCUGACAUCCGGCCGGGUGGGCUGUGUCCCCAGACUUCUGGGACACUGGCAGGGGUCUGAGGACAGCACUCAGGACCUACCUGUCUGCAGGAUGAAGCUGCCCACUGGCUUCUUGAUCUUGUGGCUCAGCCUGCGGGGUGGCCUGGCUCAGAGCGACCCCAGCCCCGAAGCAGAGGAGUCCUUUUCUGACUGGGGCCUCCGGCACCUGCGGGGCAGCUUUGAAUCAGUGAACAGCUACUUCGAUUCUUUCCAGGAGCUGCUGGGAGGAAAGAAUGGAAUCUGUCAAUACCGAUGCCGAUUCGGAAAAGCACCAAUGCCCAGACCUGGCUACAAACCUCAGGAACCCAAUGGCUGCAGCUCCUAUUUCCUGGGUCUCAAGGUACCAGAAAGAAUGGACUUGGGCAUUCCAGCAAUGACCAAGUGCUGCAACCAGCUGGAUGUUUGCUAUGACACGUGUGGGGCCAACAAGUAUCGCUGCGAUGCAAAAUUCCGAUGGUGUCUCCACUCCAUCUGCUCCGACCUUAAGCGGAGCCUGGGCUUUGUCUCCAAUGUGGAAGUAGCCUGUGAUUCUCUGGUUGACACAGUGUUCAAUACCGUAUGGACCUUGGGCUGCCGGCCCUUUAUGAAUAGUCAACGGGCAGCUUGCAUCUGUGCGGAAGAGGAGAAAGAAGAAUUAUGAUGAGGUGGUUCCACAACUGUCAGUCUCAGAGAUGGAGCAUGGCAGGCGUGUGUCAUCCUUUCUUCUGCCAAACUGGAUAACACCAGCCGGAGAAGGGAGACAGUGAGUCCUGUCCUUUGAGGAAAGAUGAGAGAAGUGUGGAGAGAUUGAAGCUACUCUGACACUGUUCUCCCUGACCUGCACACAUUCACCUGGAUUCACUGCUCAGCAUAAAGACUAUGCUACGAGCAAGCCCUGUGAUCCCUGGACCUGAUCAUCCUGUUCAUACGUGAAAAUUUCAGGAGUCCAACCCUGUGGGAUGCAGUGACUUUCCUUUGGCCUGGUUUCCUCAUUUGCCAGUAAGCACCUCACAUUUAAUAAAAUGUACUU